CCGGUGAGGAAGGUUACAAGCGGGGGACGCUGAGCCCACAAAACCCGUGCAAAGGGUGCACUGAGCACGCACUCGCGGGCCACUCUGCACCGUGGUCAGGGUACUCCGUGACAGCCUCUGGGCUGCCAGUCUGGCCCAGUAAGCUCUCUGGCGGCCGGUGGGCAAAGGGCAAGCAGAGCGGUCAUCCCGAGGAGCCAGUGAGCCUGCUGAGGGGGGAUCUGGGCUCCUUCUUCCGCCUCACCCAUCCUCUGGCUGCUGGGGAAGUGGCCCCACACUGGUCCAUUUUCACUGUGUGGUUCCUAUGGAGGGGUGCGGGGAGGUGGGUCCCUCCAGAGACCCACAGCAAGGGACACCUAUUGAUCCGGUUUUAUUGUAUUUAAUUUUGAGUUAGGAUCUCGUAUACCCUAAGCUGAUCUCAAACUCAUUAUGUAGCACAGGCUGGCCUUGCAGUCCAGAGCUUCCUGCCUCAGCCUCCCCAACUGCUUAGAUGGCGGGACAUAUACCACACACCUGGCACCCCAGCACUUGGUGUGCGUCGCAAGCAAGGCCAUCCUGGGCAUCACAGCCCAUCCCUAAAGUACAUGAAAGUGAAUGAGCCCACAGAGGGCCGGUUUGUGGGUGCUGAGCUGGUGUUUCAGGCCAGGUGAAGGAAGCACAGGAUAGUCACCAGCCUGGUGUCCCCAGCUCAUAGCUCAACAGGACCAGGCUGGUUCCCUCUCACUCGCCUCUGCCCUCAUAUGGUGUGGCCGAGUAGCCCGACCUCCCUGGGCUUUACUGUCUUUAUGGAUGGGAUCAGGAGUCCCCUGUGCUGGGGCUACAGACAGUCCUUCUAACUGGAGGCUCAAAUGAAGAGUGAGUCCAGGACUGGUGGGUUACCCACGUGGAGUCCCUCUGCCCACUGUGGAGCCUCCCCCUGUGUCCAGGAGGAGGCUGUCUCAGGGAACGAACAUGGCAGCUCCUGGGCUGCGCUUGGCACGUGUGUGGGGCAGCUGAGUCACAGCCCCAAAUUGCAUCUUCAUCCGUGCAUCGUGGAGAGAGGCGUGCAGUAAGCCUUGUGGACACGCAGGGCACCACGUCACCUGAUACCGACUCAGCAGCUUGAGGGGAAGGGGACUCGUGGACCAGGGUGGGUGCCGGGCGUGUUGGUGUCUGCAAGGAUGGUGCUGGGGAGCCACGGCAGGCUUUGGAGCAGAAGGCGCGCACUGGCUUCAGCCCCUUUCAGAUGGUCAGGGCCUUCUGGAUCCUCCUGGGCCUUAGCAUGUCCUGGAGUGGCCAUGGUGACGUCCACUGUUUUCUCUCUCUCACAGGUCUGUCCGGGAGCCCCGCUGCUGAGCCAUGCCGGGCCCACACGGGCCUGCUGCAAGUCCAGCCCAGGGAGGCAGGUGGCCAUGAGUAGCCGCAGCCACAAUGGCAGUGUAGGGCAGCCUCUGGGCAGCAGGCAUGGAUUCCUGGGCUGGGAGCCUGUGGACCCUGAGGCAGGCCGCCCCCCACAGCCAGGCGCCCAAGGCCCAGGCCUGCAGAUGGUGGCCAAGGGCCAGCCUGCUCUGUUGUCACCUGGUGACCUUAGGGGCCAUCUCCAGGAGCAGGAGGAAGAGGAAGAGGCAGAUGAGGCCCGGCCAGGUUCUGGGAAGCCCUCAACAGUCAGCCACCGCCUGGGCCAUCGCCGCGCCCUCUUCGAGAAGCGCAAACGCCUCAGUGACUAUGCUCUCAUCUUUGGAAUGUUUGGGAUUGUCGUCAUGGUAACAGAAACAGAGCUGUCCUGGGGUGUGUACACCAAGGAGUCCCUGUGCUCAUUCGCCCUGAAAUGCCUGAUCAGCCUGUCCACGCUCAUCCUGCUUGGCCUUGUUGUCCUCUACCACGCCCGCGAGAUCCAGCUGUUCCUGGUGGACAACGGUGCUGAUGACUGGCGGAUCGCCAUGACGUGGGAACGCGUGUCCCUGAUCUCGCUGGAGCUAGCUGUGUGUGCCAUCCACCCGGUGCCCGGCCACUACCGCUUCACGUGGACAGCGCGGCUGGCCUUUUCGCUGGUGCCGUCAGCGGCCGAGGCGGACCUGGACGUGCUUCUGUCCAUCCCCAUGUUUCUGCGCCUCUACCUGCUGGCUAGGGUCAUGCUCCUACACAGUCGGAUCUUCACGGACGCCUCCAGCCGCAGCAUCGGGGCCCUCAACCGUGUCACCUUCAACACGCGGUUCGUCACCAAGACCCUCAUGACCAUCUGCCCGGGCACCGCACUGCUGGUCUUCAGCAUCUCUUCCUGGAUCGUCGCGGCCUGGACAGUGCGUGUGUGUGAGAGGUACCAUGACAAGCAAGAAGUGACCAGCAACUUCCUGGGCGCCAUGUGGCUCAUCUCUAUCACCUUCCUGUCCAUCGGCUAUGGAGACAUGGUGCCGCACACCUACUGCGGGAAGGGCGUGUGUCUGCUCACGGGCAUCAUGGGAGCGGGCUGCACUGCACUCGUGGUGGCCGUCGUGGCCAGGAAGUUGGAGCUCACCAAGGCUGAGAAACACGUGCACAACUUCAUGAUGGACACGCAGCUCACCAAGCGGGUCAAAAAUGCUGCUGCAAACGUUCUCAGGGAGACUUGGCUCAUCUACAAACACAGCAGGCUAGUGAAGAAGCCAGACCAAGGCCGGGUUCGGAAACACCAGCGUAAGUUCCUCCAAGCCAUCCAUCAGCUGCGCAGUGUGAAGAUUGAGCAAGGGAAGGUGAAUGAUCAAGCCAACACGCUGGCUGACCUUGCCAAGGCACAGAGCAUCGCGUGUGAAGUAGUGUCGGAGCUGCAGGUCCAGCAAGAGGAGUUGGAGGCGCGCCUAGCCGCCCUGGAGAGUCGCCUGGACACCCUGGGUGCCUCCCUGCAGGCCCUGCCAGGCCUCAUCGCCCAAGCCAUAUGCCCCCUGCCACCAUCCUGGCCAGGGCCUGGUCACCCAGCCCCAGCCAACCAGAGCCCACCAGGCCACUGGCUGCCCACCGUGGGGUCGGACUGCAGGUGACCACUUGCUGGUCUGGUCACCAGACUGCUAAAUCUCAGCCAUCAUGUGAUCAUGGUUAGCCCCUUGCCAUUCUGGACUGCCAGACCUCUGGACUCGCAAGCCUGGGAGGAGCCGAGCCAAGUAAACUGGCAUUCAUUCCCCUGAGGCUGGACCGUGGGAUCUUGCUGGCCACCUUGGCUGUCCUAAGCCCCAGGAGGGCAGGGAGUAGCAGCAGGGGCCCCUGCCAUUCUAAGUGAAUCAGGAGCCAUCGACCCAUUUUCGGAUUACGUGGUAGGGAGGACCUUGAGCAUCUCACUUGAGGAGGUGGAUGCCCCAGCCUAGGAAUCAGUGUACAUGUGCUGAGUACCCGGUACACACAAUGCCCUUCCUUCAGGGUCUGACUGGAGUAAUACGCAGGCUCAGAGCGGUGAGGGCUGAGGCCAGAGCGAGGGCAUGGAGGGCCAGACUUGGAGGUGGUGGCAGGCUGGGGUCCCUCCAAGCCCCGGGUUCCAGGACUCUCACUCGGGGACCACUGAGAAUUCUGACAGGGAUAAGUGGCCAGUCAGGACCAACUGGAACUGCGGAGAAGACGUCAACCACCUGGUCUUGGGAGAUAGUGGACCUGUGGCUGGCUUCCUGGAGGUCCAGCUUGGUCUCCAUAACAAGAAAUUUGUAGGGAGGAUCUGUUGGGUGGAACUAGACUCCACUCCCCGCUGCAGUGGGGCAUGGCAGGUGUCUAUCAGGGAGAGGCAGGGCCUAACCCAUCCCUACACAUGGCCAGAGGGUAGGUGCUCCGUAAAUGCUCCCUCCAGAGACUGCCCAUGAGGGCCUGGGGAGUACGGUAUCAUCCUGUCCGCUGAGCCAAACAGAAGCGGGAGAAAUAAACAAGGCGGGGUAUGGUUGCAUGCCAAGGUCCCAACACUUGGGAGGCAGAGGAUCUCUGAGUUUCGUAGCUACACGGUGAGAACUGGGGAAGGGGGCAAAAAAAUAAACACGGCUGGAGGUGACCUGGCACUCCUUGGUGGUGACUUUUGGGAGUAGAGGAGAGGACGACAGAGUCCUCAAACUCUGCAUAUACAAAGGUUCAGGGCAGGAUCUAGGUGAGUGCGUUGCAGGGAGGCUGGGCGGGCAGAAUAGUAUAAAACGCAGCUGUGGGGCCCCAGGU